UGAGUAGAACGUCAUUAGAUAUAGUCUCAAAUAUUUUGUUAUCUUUUUUAAGAGCAACGGGGCUGGAAGGUAGGAUUUAGUAUCUCCCUGUCGCUGGCCCACACCCCAAUACAAUAGGUGGCGGUAAUGCACCAUAACGUUGGAUGCCAACCGCCGAUAAACCCCACUGACGAAGAAGAGGAAGAAGAAGAAGACGAAGAAGCGAGUGAGCCUUUUGGCUGACUUCCGUGUGCUCAUGUGAUUAUUUUUUGCAGGACUGUGGAGGUGGUGUGGUGGAAUGGCAAGUGACAAAUACCAGAUAGUGGUGCAAGGAGAGGCGUCAGAGACCGACUCAGAUGAUGAGGUAUACAUCACCUCCCUCUCUCCACAUUCAACUGCCGGAGGGCAAAAGGUACCAGGGGAAGCAUCUGAGACUGACAGCGAGGGGGAGGUUGAGAAAGCACGGAAAUGUGUCAUUGCUGCAAGCUCUGAAAACCCACAAAUAUUACGCAAGGACUUAACUCCUCUGCUUGUGAUCAGAGAUAACUCUGACAUUCAGUCCGUGGUAGAGGAGAGGGUUGUGUCUAGGCCUGAGCACAGUGGGCUCUACUACAAGACUUUACUCCAGCAGAAAUUACAGGAGAGCAAUGCACGUCUGUGCACGGAUGUGUCCCAGACCAUCAAACAGGUGUAUGGCAAUGCCACAAAGGAGAUCCGCAUGGCCACAACCCACCUGAACAGCUCCCAGAACGGCAUCAUCAACGCUUCCCACAGCAUCCGACUCAUUCUGGAGGACCUCAAGUCCGUCUCAGAGAAAAUGGACAUUAUCACCAGCUGUUAUCUGCUCCCCGAAAUUACCAUCCCCUCCACUCCCACUACCCCUAUUCCCGGACAGUGAUGUUCCUUAUUAUGUUCCUCAUUCAAUGUUUUCAUAUGUCUUAUGUAGGCUAAACAAUGGACUGCGGUAUCAUUAUUUGUAAGAGGCACUUGCAUUCGGUGAAUAAAUUAUGCAUGCCAUUA